AUGAGAGAAUUUAGCAAGGUCGUUGUGCACAGCCCUGGGGAUGUUGAGCACUCCGAGGAUCAAAUCACGGGUAUUGUGAUUGAUUCGCUCGUUGCCAUCGAGACCAGAAAUUGGGCGCGCAAGACUAUAUGGUUGAAGAUUCCAAUGUCCGCACUUUCCAAGGUCAAAACGGCUCAUAAAAUCGUUCGCAGCGAAUCCUGGACUCGACCGACCGCCGGUUCGUUCUUGGCCGAGGUGCUCAGACGGUUCUAUCUGGGCGCCAAGCUGCCGAGAGUCAUUGAAGCCAGCGGAGGUUGCCAAUUUCUCCGCCGCACAGCGGGUGAGAUCUGGGGAGGCUGUUUUGCUUGA